GCCAGUCUUCUUCUUCUGAAAGCAAACAGAAGGGGCUGGUGGUGGCGAGAUCGGAGGCGUCGCUGUCGCAUCCAGUGUGUAGUCUAGCGCGAACUCGGCGAGGACAAUUUGUGUCACUCUUGACGCGCCCCGGCCAAAUCCUUAAAACGCACCCCGAGGCUGGGCGUCUCUCUGGAGCUUGCUACCCCAAUCAGUCCUCAGUCAGACUCGCCCCGUUUCAGCCCCAACAAGUGUCAGACCCAUUUCUUUCUGUUUUCGUUGGUGUCCGCUUCAUGUAUUUCAACCCCCGGAGUCGUCAGCCAACUUGCAGAGAAGGGUAAAUGUUGUCGCUGGCCUCUGCCUGCCCUCUGAGCUUGUCUGCCCGGACCUGCCAGCCCACCAAGCAAGAUAGGAGAAGAAGAGAAAGCGACCAGACGCAGGGAGAUUUCUCGAAACUCACUGAUCCCCCCAUCAAUAUUUUCCUGAUCGAGUCAUUAGCACAAUUGGCGCUCUUGUUGCAGCGAGCGUGGCAGCCAGUGUUAAAGCCCGGUCUAAACAUUUACUUACUUAAGUAAAUGAAAGGCCGUUACAGCUAAACAAUAUUGACAGUCAAUGGCUCCACGUUAAGUGCGGCGAUACCGGGCCUAAUUGAUUGAAUAGUCUGGUCUGUCAUCGCUGGUUCUUUCACGGCACUUGUGGCCAAUCACCUCGCUCCUUAACUCAACAUAGUACGGAGGGAGACGAGAGAGAUGUAAGACACUUGACUGAAGACACUCCGGAGGGUCCCCCCCCCCAAUCCCCUACAAGACGAUCACUCACCCCGAGCCCUCCCCUAAUGGUCCCGCCCCAGACUUCGUGUCAUCUAUAACAGCGAUAUCGAAAAGCCCUGGAUACUAUCCAGCCGGUAUAAUGGCCAGCUGAUAAGAGAAGUCAAACUCCUAAGAAAAGAAGAGAGAAGGAAAAAGGAGAAGUGAAAAAACUGAGACUCCAAAAAUGUUGACACGGAAAUGUGGAGCAUUUACUCUGCCGGAGACAAUGCAGGAGAACGGGAUGAUGUCUGGAUACCACGGCUACCCUCAGUCGAUGGGUUACCCUUCCACAACCUCCACUACCUCCCCGCCUGGAUCCACCACGCCUUUCUCGGUCAAAGACAUCCUGUGUUUGGCAGCGGCUCAUCAGCAGCACCACCACCCUCGGCACCCGGGCGUGCCGCCUCAGCCGCCGGCCAUGCAGGGCUACCAGGACCACGGUCUGUUCCCCAUGACCGACGAGGCUUUCCUGGUGGACUCUGCCGCGGCCUUCCCGUGCGACAUCACCGCCGUCUCCUGCUCCGUCAGCUCCCCCGAGGAAGCCAGAUCGUCGUGCUCCUACCCAUCCGUCAUGGGCUACUCGGAGAUUGCCCCCUCGUCGACAUCUCCUCUCGAACAGAAACUUCCGUCCCUUCAACAUGUUCAAUCUCAUCAAACGAUUUCGUGUCAAGAGGUUUGCCGAACGAUCGACCCAAAGAGAACACACCCGCUUAACCAUCACCACCAUCACCAGCUGGGAGGGGGCGUGGCAGCAGGAGGAGGAGUGGGAGGCGACAAACAGCCCAGCAAGUCCCGCCAGCGCCGCAAGCCCCGCGUGCUCUUCUCCCAAGCACAGGUCUACGAGCUGGAGCGUCGCUUCAAGCAGCAGCGCUACCUGUCGGCCCCCGAGCGCGACCAGCUAGCCACUCUGCUCAAGCUCACCCCGACCCAGGUCAAGAUCUGGUUCCAGAACCGGCGGUACAAGAGUAAGCGGCAGCGGCAGGACAAGAGCCUCGAGCUUGCCGCCGCCGGCGGCCAGCAGUUCCCGCCCCGGCGGGUGGCCGUGCCGGUGCUGGUGCGAGACGGGAAGCCCUGCCUGGGGAACCUUGGGGUCAACACCUCGGCUGCUCCCCCGGCCCCUGGCCCUCCACCUCCCCCGCCUUACGGCUACACCUGCGGGGGUUAUAGCUCGGGGAACUCGGUGAGUUCGGCGGGACGAUUUGUCAACUCGUGCUCCUACGCCGGCGGAGCGGGAACACAUGGCAACGGUGUGGGUGUAUACUCCCAGCCCACCAUACAACAAGCAGUCAGGACUUGGUGAAACGUCGACACGGAGACGUAUGCUAAAAUUAUAUGUCUAUGGCAAAAUCUGACGAUUUAUGAAAUGUAAUGAAGCAGUCAACUAUAAUCAGUGCUUGAUACCAAUGAGAAAUGACCAUGCAUAUACAUGUACUUCUGGUCCACUGCGAACAUCAAGAUUCUAAUACCCCCCCUCCCAAAAGAAAACCGAUUAGGUUCACUUAAUUACGUUGACAACAUAAAAAUUGAGUGGAGUGAGAUUCGAACCUGCUACCUCCAGAAUACCAUAACAGUCAAAGAUUUUCUACAACGUGCAGUUUUAUUUGUAACGCACUAUAGCACUCGCCUUAUCCGAGUACGAUAACUUACAAAAGCAUACUCCUCUCGAAUCUGGAUUUUGUUUUCCUUUGAACUUUGAGGUGGGCUUGCGAUAACUUUUGGUUCUCCAAUUGCACAAGAAGGCCAACAUAUGGUUUCUCCAAGGGCAGCUAAAUGAACUGUGAAUUGGGUGUUUACGACCAUGUCAACUUUGACGAUCAUUAGCAAUAGCAGGUGCACACUUUACUUACACCAGCCAAAUUGUGCGUCCUUUAUUUUAGGGGUGCAUGACAUGGUCUUAAUGGUCUGACUUUUGGAAUGUAUCGACACUUGCGCAAAAUUGGGAAAUUUGCGCAAAAUUUUGGGCUUGACCCUAGCUUGCCCCUAUAGCUAAUACCCUCCUUUACUUUUAGCAAAGUUGGGCCUGCCCGAGUUUGUUUGUGCUCUGACAUCAUAAGGGCACACACAAAAAAUAAUAUUAAUCCAAUGGCAACGACCAAUUUGGCCUACAGCCAUCAGCUUUACAAAAUUAUUCCACGGCCGAAAAUGAGUCUGAGAAGACGCAACUUUUAAUAAGAUUUGACAAAAUCCAGUGUAGAUAUUAUGCUCAUGCAUUUACAGCAUUCCUCAACUUUCUUGAAACAAAUCAUAUUGUGCAAAUUUCUAGGGUCUUUUUUCUUUUCUUUUUUUCUUUUUUUAACCAAAACUGAUUCUUGAUCCUGUGCUGUUUCAAUUCCUGGCAGUAAUCGUGGAAUCUGAAUGAGACCAGUGCUUAUUAGAAUACCCAAGUUAUUUGUUGCGUCCCUAGAAAAUAUUGAUAUUUAUUACUUUAACAAAGGGACCACAUGUUGGUUGGAAAAAUUGAAAUUGAAAAUUAAAAUUUUCCAUUGUGUUAUUUCCUUAUCAAUAUUUAUGUAGAAAAAGGAAGUCUUCAUAGAGUGGCUUUAAAUAUUCCCUAAUUACUGUCUAUAGCCGAAAAUGGGUCUAUUGGUAAUUAAUUUUGGAAUUACAACUGAACGCCAUUGUCGAUUGACGAUUUUGUUUUGUAACCAGGAAGGUUUUUUUUUCCAGAUUUUCUCAAAGUUCCAUUCUCUUUUCGACACUUGCCAUAUGUAUCGACACCUUUUCUUAUACAGAAUAGUCGAGUAUUAUAAGAUAUGCAAUGUCUAUUAAUUUAUGCAAAGGCAUUCCUGUAAGGCAUUACUAUUUCCUAGUGCACUUAUGAAAAAAAAUGUACAGAAUUUAAAUAAUAGAAGUAAGAAUUCAUAAUAAAGAUCGGUUGGAGUCUUCGUUAUAUUAA